AUGUAUAAAACUUUUCACGGCUUACCAUUUGCAAUGUCGUCUGCCCAACCUAUGUCAUUUGCGGUGUUGCCAUCUGCAGAUGGUGCAUUGCACUUUGCGGCUGUUGAUGCGGUUUUGUCACCUUCUACAACUGAUCUAGGUGCGAUGGGGGUUAUCUGUCGACUUACGGGUUUUGGGCCUAGCCUCCCUCAACUACACUCCUGGAUCUCAGAACGUUUGGAGCCACUCGUUACUGGUAAAGUUCAUAUUUACCCCAUGGCUAAAGGUUUUUUCAUUGCAAAAUUUGAGAAUGCUCGGGAUACAAAUAUAAUAUUAUGUGAUCAUUAUUUUAGUUGGGAGGACAAAUUUAUGCUAAUGAUUAAACCUUGGCUCUCGGAUUUCAAUCCUUCUUCUAAAACUUUUAACAAGAUCUUGAUUUGGGUUCAACUUCCUAAUCUUCCCCUUCAUCUUUGGGUUGAUCCUCUUUUAGAGGAAGUGGGUGAAGCCCUUGGUGAUUUUUUGAUGGUAGAUGAUGAAUCUUCUGACAUUCUUCACUCCACCUUUGCAUGUAUUCAGGUUGAAAUGGAUGUUUCAAAACGGUUGUCUUCUGAGAUAUAUCUCAAAUCAUCAAAGCGUUGUUGGGUUCAAUCUUUGGACUAUGAAGGAAUACAUUUUCGAUGUAGAAGAUAUUUUAAAAUAGGUCAUUCAGCUGCACAAUGUGGAUUAGAGAAAAAGACAAUGUCGUCUUCAUGGUGGAAAGGGGCUUCCCAAAAACAUUAUACGAUUGGGAAAAACUCUAAGCAAUAG